AGCCGCUGUUUAUCGUGCGCCACUAUUGCGAUCGCACAGCAGCGUUGCUACCGAGUCACUUUGACUCCUAAAAUUUUUUAUAUAAUUAUUCUCGCUGUCACAGCUCAGUGACAUCUCUUGCAUUGUUCAGUCACUUGUUGAUCGUCCUUGGCUUUGAUCAAGACGCCGUGAAAAAUAUAAUAUCUUCGACCUUUCUUCCCAUUUUGUUUAUAAACUUCUUGCCCGUGUCUUCAACAUCACUCGUCACCUUUUUCAAUAUCCUUGGCUGCUUCUCCAUCAACCAUGAACUUCACGCCUAUUUCAUACCCGACACCUUCGCCCUUUGCUAGCUCGGCGUCGGAUGACCACCCGAUCCUAGAUGCCACUUCACCUUAUGCGUCCUCUAUGUAUGCGACUUCCUUCGAUAUGCAGAACACUCAACAGCUGGCUGGCUUGGGCAUAUCACACUUCGGCAUGGAAAGUACUGCGUCCGAGACCGAACUAUAUCCGCACCCAGCACCUCCUUCCUUGUCAGCCAACGCUUGGUCGAAUACAGCUUUCAGUCCCGAAAACUUCCUCCAACCCCCUCCGGAAUACAGGCUCUUCUCUUCGACAGCCAUCUAUGAACCGCUUGGCGGUGUCAUGGAGGCUGCUCCCUCUCCGUCCAGUUUCUACAGUUCACAAACGUUAAGUUCGUCGUUGAGUUAUGGUUCGACUACGGAGACUGAGGGUCACCACGAAAUUGCGCCGGAAGACAGGCCAUUCGUAUGGCCUCGCACGCCGACUUCUGACUGUCCAGAUAUGCGAGUAGACUAUACCAUGAAGGAGGGUUCGGAUGGGUUGCAGGGGCCCUCUGUGCACGAAAAUUCAGCUUCCGACGCACCUGCUGCACUUUCCCAGAUGGCACCUAUGCCUCUAAGCGGCACAGACUCUGGCUUGCAGUGGCCUCACAUCGAUAGUGUCAGUAACUCAGCUGCGUUUAAUGCGGACCAAGAAAGCGCACUCGGACCAAUCCCCUCCGAAGCAAUCUCAAGGUGGAUCGAAGAGGUGGUCAGGACUCCUGGUGAAGAGCUGAAGAUACCAUCUGCGAGUGGCCUGAUGUGUAGUGUGUGCGGAUUUCGAUUCACUCGACGCUCUAAUUGCCGCGAGCACGAGAAGAGGCAUGACCCUAGGCAGAGGAAGUCUUUCCCAUGUGACGUCUGUGGAAAGGCAUAUGGGCGGAACACUGAUCUUCGGAGACAUGUGCAGAGCGCCCAUGUUCAGGAGCGUAAAUUCUACUGCGACCAGUGCGGGCAGAACUACAGCCGACAGGAUACGCUUAAUAGACACAAGCUAGACGGAUGCCCUCUGAAGAAGCGAAAGUGCAACGCUUCGUAGAGGGUUUCAGGACCGCAUUCGUGGAUUUGUUUUUCACCGGAUGAUUCAUCGCCACGAACGGCCACCAGCAUCGGUAUUCCUUGACCAGCAGU